ACGUCUCAGUCUUCGUCGCGACUUCGCUUAGUUUGGACCUAGCCUCGAAGAACUCCGUGAAUAUUUUGAUAUAUAUAUAUAUAUAUAUACGUACAUACAUAUAUACAUAUAAUAAUAAUAUUGUGUUUUCUCCUUGAAUGUCCGUUAGUUAGAUCUCGUCAUAGAAAUAUAAUCGUAUCGUAGAAUUUCGUCGUGCCAUUGUUAAAUAUCACAGGCACGACGAAUAGAAGAUAUAAAAAAAAUAGGAAAAAGGGAAGAGAAGGUGAGAGAGUGAGCACAUAUCGAGCUAAUAGAGAGAAGAGAAAGGAAGGCGGAAGGAUUAUAUAUAUAUACACGUAUAUAUAUAUUCGGACAACAUGGCCACCGCAAUCGACGACCGACAGGAACUCCUUGAACAAUUUCAAGCUAUCGAUGCAAAUGGCGAUGGAUUUAUCGAUCUGGCUGAACUGCGGAACGCUUUGGACGUUUGCGGAUUUAAAAUGCCCGGCUAUAAAGUGCGGCAAAUGAUCGAGGAGUAUGACGACAAACAGAGACUACAACACAAGGGCCGGCUGUCCUUCGACGAGUUCGAGAAACUCUGUAAGGAACUUAAGGCCAACGAACUUGGGUCCACUUUCAAGCACGUCGUCUCGAAAAAGGAGAAUCUUGAAACGUUGGGAGGAAUUUCGGAAGCAUCGAGCGUUGGUACGACUCAUUCCGUUAGACUUGAAGAACAACUUGCUUUCAGUGAUUGGAUCAAUACUAAUCUUGCUCACGAUCCUGAUUUAAAACAUUUGUUACCUAUCGACUCUGAAGGUAAAGCUCUUUAUGACAAAGUCAAAGAUGGCAUCCUUCUUUGUAAAAUCAUCAAUCAUUCUUGUCCCGAUACUAUAGAUGAAAGAACUAUCAACAAGAAGAGUUUGACUUUGUAUAAGAAACAUGAAAACUUGACUCUUGCUUUAUCAUCGGCACAGUCUAUCGGUUGCAAUAUCAUCAAUAUCGAUGCCCAUGAUCUUACCAAAGGAUCACCACACUUGGUCUUAGGUCUCUUAUGGCAAAUUAUUAGAAUUGGUUUAUUUAAUCAAAUUACUUUAGAGAAUUGUCCUGGUUUGGCAACACUUUUACAAGAUGGCGAACGUAUUGAAGAUCUUCUGAAACUUUCUCCGGAGUCCAUACUCUUAAGAUGGGUCAAUCAUCAUUUAGAAAAUGCUGGUAUCGCUAGAAGAUGCAACAAUUUCCAAUCAGACAUCACGGAUUCUGAAAUUUAUACUUACUUGAUCAAACAAAUUGCACCUAAUACCGCUGGCGUCACAGUGGAAGCUUUAAUGGAACCAAAUCAUUUGUCACGAGCUGAAAUCAUGCUCCAACAGGCUGCAAAGUUAGGUUGUCGUAGCUUCGUUACGCCUAGUGACGUUGUCAAUGGCAUUUAUAAACUCAAUCUGGCAUUCGUCGCAAACAUGUUCAACAAUUAUCCUGGCCUCGAUAAGCCUGAGAACAACAUCGAAGGGUUGGAGUCUUUGGAAGAGACACGAGAAGAGAAAACAUACAGGAAUUGGAUGAAUUCUAUGGGUGUGGUACCUCACGUCAAUUGGCUUUAUUCUGAUCUUGCCGAUGGAUUAGUAAUCUUCCAAUUAUAUGACAUCAUCAAGCCUGGUACAGUCAAUUGGCACAAAGUUCAUAAAAAGUUUACCAAGUUAAGAAAAUUCAUGGAGAAGUUAGAAAACUGCAAUUACGUGGUUGAACUUGGAAAACAGAUGAACUUCUCAUUGGUCGGUAUAGCAGGGCAGGACAUUAACGAUGGGAACGCGACCUUGACACUGGCUCUUAUCUGGCAACUGAUGAGGUCUUACACUCUGUCAAUUUUGACGUCGUUGACUGGUACGCAGGGGAGUACCUUGGUCGAAAAAGAAAUCGUACAAUGGGUCAAUUCUAAAUUGCAAGCAGCAGGGAAGAACAGUAGUAUCAAAAGUUUUCAGGAUUAUGCGAUAUCGGAUGGUAAGGUAGUGAUCAAUUUGAUCGAUGCAAUCAAACCAGGAUCUGUUAAUUAUGAUCUUGUUAAAGAGGGUGGUACAGAGGAAGAAAACCUCGACAACGCCAAAUAUGCGAUAUCCUUGGCACGAAAAUGUGGUGCUCGUGUCUAUGCGUUACCAGAAGACAUAACCGAGGUAAAACCGAAAAUGGUGAUGACCGUAUUUGCCUGUUUGAUGGCGAUGGACUACAUCCCUAAUAUGGAUUCAGUAAAGCAGCAAAAUAACGUGAAUAACAGUCAAUAAUGUCGAGCCAUAUCCUUACUGUCAUGCCGUUACUUUCCUACAGAAGAACUUUUGAUGGGGCAUUACAUUUCCUCGUGCUCUAGGUCUCUUCCAACAGCGUAAUAAUAAUAAUAAUAAUAAUAUUAAUAUUAUUAAUAAUAAUAAUAAUUAUUAUUAUUAUUAUAUAAUAAUAAUAAUUGUAUAUACGUAGGUUAGGAUAGCUUCUUUUUCACGAUUCAUUAGGAUCAAACUUGAGAGUAGAAAAUGAAGGGACAGAGAGAGAAAAUAGAUGUUCGUACUGUUGCGUGUGUGUGUGUAUGUGCAUAUGCAUGCAUGCUUGUCCCUUUUUAUAUAAAGCCAAGAGAAUCAAAAAAUGAAAACAAGAAGAACUACUGUAUUAUUAUACUUGUUAGAUUUGUCAAAGGAUAGAAAUGAUUCUCUUCGUCAACGACUCUCUUAGUUAUUCAUUGGAUUUUGUCGGUAUAUCUUUUGAUCGGUAAAUCAUGUCCUUCAUCUUUGCGUCGCUCCAAAUCUAAAUCAUUUAAAUAAGAGAGGAAUGUAAACUGUGAUCAAAGUGCUAUGUGCUUAAGUUAUGUCCAACUUAAAAUGAUAGGAACUUAAUUCAUUGUUUCGUCCAUCGAAGUAUAAAGGAACGAAAGUGAUUACAAUAAUUGAAAAAUAUUUCCAAAAAAAAAAAAGAAUUAAUCUCAUUGCUUAACAUUAAAUUAUAAUUUACUAUCAUUUGGAGUGCUUUGAUGAUGGAUAGCCUGCUAGAUAUAUACGUGUGUGUACAUAUGUAUAUAUAUAUAUAUGCAUGCAUAGAUAUAUAUAUAUAUACACACACAUUAUAUAUACACAGGUACGCGUUUAUAAAUAUAAAAGUACUGUCCUUAGCUUACAGCUACAUUGUUUUACAAUUUCGCAAUCAUGUUAACGUCAAUCGAAAGGUUUAUAGAAAAUAACCAUUCUAGUAUAAGAUAUACAAAUCGAUAAACAAUGUUUAUGCAAGAUUUUUUACACGUAUGCUCUUUUAAGAACGUAAGACAACAUUCCAAAUGUUUACUAGAAUUUUUUCAGAAGCAUUUUAUAAAGCCUUCCAAAGUACUGUUUUAUAGUAAACUUUUUGUAACUUUUUGCAACGAUGCUAUUACAAAACUAUAAAAAAGAAAACGGUACACAAAUUAUAAUCGUGUUUUUUUAUGUUUUUCUAAUACGAUAUAAUUGGAUAAGUUUAAUGACAGGAUUUAGUUUUUUUACGAUUUCUAUCAAGUAGACUCGUACGAUAUCAAAUGACAAAAAAGAAGGAGAAAAGAAAAAAAAAAUUAGAGCAUUACGAAUAAGGAUUUAAAGAGAUUAGAAAAUGUUUACCGAUAGAUUAGAGUCAACGAUGCCCACCAAAGCUACGAUCUUUUUUUUUUACGUGUAUCUGUAAACGUAUCUAAUUUCCUUGAGCUUAGUUAGAAAACUCUUAAAAAUAGGUCCCUUUGAAAAGAUUGGAUUCAUCGUAUUCCAAUACGAAAUAAAUUUUUAUACGAUUUAAGAGAAAAUCGAUAAACUGUUGCAACAAAUCGUGCCACUGAUCGUAUCAGACCAAAAGAAAAGUAAGGAAAGGACGCUCUUUUGAAAAUUUUUAUCAAAUUUCAAUUGUCGUCUUACAAAAGUGCAAUAAAUGUGUGCAUAUCCAUCUGUAGAUAACUUAAGAAGAAAAGAAGAAGAAGAAGAAGGAAAGAAAAACAAGGUUCUUUUUUUUUUAUUUUUAGAUGAAUACGUUUCAAAGGAUCGAUUCGAAUCAUAUCAAGAAUAAAAAUAAAAAAUAAAAUACGUGAAUCUUUUAACGUGGAUCUAUCGAAGACAAUUAUCCUAACGCUUUAUAAAAAAUAUCGUUAAACUAACGAAAGGAAAUCGAUAAUUUAGAUAUUCGUAUUACACGUUCGUAUUAGAUUUUGAAAGUAAACGCAAUUGAUAAUUAAUUCGCAGAAAAAAUUAAUGGGUUUUUGUAGAAUUUCGACUUGAAUAGUAACGAUUAGGACUUAUGGUCGAUAAUCUAGAGAAAUAAAAAUUUAUGAUAAUCAUUCGAAUAGACCGGUUUUCAUGAUCAUGCAAAAAGGAUCAUUAAUUGCGCAUACGAAAUAUAAGAGGUGUACGACGUAAAUUCAUAAAAUUAUUAACUUGUAUAUUCGUCAUGGAAAUAAACAAAAAAAUGUCCUUAA